AUGGCACAAAAGACCGUCCGGAAAAGGGUCCUCCUAAGCUGCACAGUGCUUUUGGCAGUGGCCCUGUUCGUCUCCGCUGACGCCGGUUCUCAGGACACAUUCAGCCUUGGCGUGGAAAAGUUCCAGGAAGGCGCCGAGACUCAAAACAAGAUCGAGAAUGGCAAAAAGUUGUAUCAGGAGGCAGUAGAACUUCUCGGGGCAUCUCCGAUCAAGGCCAACCAACGUGUCUUUGUCAAGCAGCACUCAUCCCUUGCACGAUCGUUCCUGUCAGACGAGCUCCAGAAACAGAAGGGUAUUCUCCCAACAGCCCUUCGACUCGUUACCCAGGGAGUAGUAUCGUUCUUCAAGUCCAACCCUGCCAAUGAUGAUGGCACAACACCAACAUCAACCUCUACCUCAACGCGUACUACUGAGAACGAGAAUGAGGAUGCGCAGGAGUCUUCUGGAUCUACAUCCGGCAACAAUGCAGGAAAGGCGACAGUCAGGCGGCACCGGGAUGCCAACAUUGCAAAGGCCAUGGAUCUCCUAGAGAAGGCUGGAUAUGAGUACAAUAAUGACGAUGCUCUGUGGACCCUCGCCAACAUGUACUUUCACGGGCAAUACAAGACCAAACGCGACUUGGGUCAGGCUUUCGACAUGUAUGCAGCACUUGCGGAUCGGUCAGGAAACGGGACAGCGCAGCAGAUGGUUGGAUUCAUGUACUCGACUGGACUUGGCAAUGUCGUGGAGAGGGAUGAGGCCAAGGCUAUGUUGUACACAACGUUUUCUGCGUGGGCGAAUGACACCGCAGCGGAGCUGACGCUUGGGUACAAAUACAUGCAUGGCAUUGGCACGAAAAAGAGCUGUGAUGACUCACUCUUCUACUACAAGCGUGCCGCCGACAAAGCACAUGCAAUGUACAUCAGCGGGCCUCCUCUGGGACGUAACAUGCCGCCCAUCAAGGGACGAUUGACAGACGAUGAUGGGGGCACGUACGGAUCUGGCGCCAGUGGACCAGGAGAACCUGAGGACAGUGCUUUCGCUAGCAACAUCAAAGAUUUCAUUGAGUUUCAUCGAUACAUCGCCGACCACGAUAACCCGGAGGCAAGAGCAGCACAGUUUCAGCUCGGGAUCCUCUUCUACACUGGAAACGCGGUGAAAGUGACAAUUCCUCGGGACUAUGUCAAGGCAGGAGGAUACUUGAAGAAGGUGGCGGAGAGUUUCUUUACACCUAAGCUGAACACCAAUGCGGCGAUUUUGGAAGCCAAGGAGCAGAGAAAGCGCGAAGGCCGCAUCAGGGACGUGGAAGACGCGGCUCUUGCAGCUGCGCUGCUUGGCAAGAUGUAUUGGCGCGGAGAAGGAUUCAAGGCUAGUGAGUCAGAGGCUUUGCAUUGGUUCAACAAGGCUGCCAUAUUAGAUAACCCUGUGGCGCUCAAUGCAUUGGGAGUCAUGCAUUUGAAGGGCGCGGCUGGAUUCAAAGCGAAUCGUGCGACCGCGAUCCAGUUCUUCUCAAAGGCAGCUGAGCUUAAAUACCCCGACGCCAAGGUGAACUUGGGCUUGAUCUACCUUGAGGAUCCAAAGAAUUACAAUCAAGCUCAUCAGCAUUUUUGGGAUGCGGGUCACCAGAACUUUCAAGCAGUGUAUUAUCUUGGAAAGAUGUACUAUGAUGGACUGGGCGUGACUAAGCAGUGCGAAAAGGCCUCGAGGUACUUCAAAUACGUCGCGGAGAGAGGUGACUGGGGCGAUACGCUCUUUUCGGAUUCGUACGAUGCAUACCAGGCAGGAGAUGUUGAGUAUGCAGCCAUUGGAUAUCUUCAGGCGGCUGAGCGAGGUUUUGAGAUCGGACAGUCCAACUUUGCCUGGAUCAUUGACCGAGAACUCCCAACCACACAUUAUCUGACCAUGUUGACGUCUCCCAAGAGGUCUCCACUGAUGGCGAUGUCAGAGACGGCGCUUGUGAGUUUGGCCAGUCCAUCGAGACUUUUGGAGAUGGCGUUGGUCUACUGGACCCGUUCAGCCAACCAGGGAGAUGUGGACGCACGAGUCAAAAUGGGUGACUACUACUAUAUGGGAAUCGGCACAGAGCAGGACUACAAAAGGGCGACGGCAUGUUAUCAAGUCGCUGCCGAAUCAGAGAGCUCGGCCAUGGCCAUGUGGAAUCUUGGCUGGAUGCAUGAGAAUGGCGUCGGUGUCGCUAAGGAUUUCCACCUUGCCAAGCGAUGGUAUGACCAGUCGCUGACGACUAACAAGAUUGCGGUUUUGCCUGUGAGUCUGUCGUUGGCGCGACUGAAUGCUCGCUUUAUCUGGAGCUACUUGACAGGAGGCGAGACUGGCGCGGAUGCAUCGUCGUUCUGGUCAAUUGGCAGUGGCAAGGCAUCAUCAUCAGGACGUGGAUCUGCCAAAAAGGAUGCCUCUGGUGGUAGUGAUGCUGCUGCGGGCGCUGGAGAGGGAGAAGGAGACCAGGGUGCCACCAAGAACGAGAACAAUGGUGGUGAAGGCAGCGGGAACGGAUGGGAUCUGAACGAGAUUGGCAAGAAUAAUGUGAAAAAGUGGACGAACCAGAAGCAGGCUGGACCAGGUGAAGAUGGCGACUAUGAUGAUGUGGAUGGGCUCCAACAGAGGCAUCAUCGACAGCCUGGUGGUGCCGAAGGAGAGGAGGAGGAGUUGUUUAUGGAUGAUGAGGAGUUGGUGGAGAGUGUUGUUAUCAUUGGGUUGUGUAUGGUGGUUGGGUACUUGAUUUAUGUUCGUCAGUUCAGGUUCGGCAACCAGCAGCAUCCUCAGCAACAGCAGCAAGGCAACCAGAACAAUGAUGGGAACAACAAUAACAACAACAAUGUCAACAAUCAGCAGCAACAGCAACAGCAGCCGCCGAUGGGAGGAUUGCCGGGCGAUCCUAACGCACCUGGCCGCUUUGCCUAUUAUGCCGCCGGUGGAUAA